AUGGCCGAUGUGGAUAUGACGGACGCCCCCGGAACCACCGUGGUGAAGAAGGGGGUCGAUGGCGAGACCAAGGCCGCCGAUGGCAAGAAGCGCUUUGAGGUCAAGAAGUGGAAUGCCGUCGCUCUCUGGGCCUGGGAUAUCGUUGUUGAUAACUGUGCUAUUUGCCGAAACCACAUCAUGGACCUCUGCAUCGAGUGCCAAGCCAAUCAAGCGUCUGCUACUAGUGAGGAGUGCACCGUUGCUUGGGGAAUCUGCAACCACGCUUUCCAUUUCCACUGCAUCUCACGUUGGCUCAAGGCUCGACAGGUCUGCCCGUUGGACAAUCGUGACUGGGAAUUCCAGAAGUACGGCCGGUAA